AUGAAGUUUUCAGUCUUGAUUCUCCCCGUCCUGGCAUCAGGCAUCACCGCGCUCUACGUGCCCGACAAGCUGGUGCAAGCGUUCCUCAAGGACUCGUCAGAGGGCAACUGCUGCAACGAGACGCCCUGCUUCAUCGGCUUUGCUGCUGAACAACGAAAACCCGCAGGCCAAAAUCAAUGGGAGCCCUAA